UUCAUUCGAUGGUUGAUAAAGUAAAAUCACUCGGUGAUUAACCAUCAAUGGAGGAAUUUUACAUGUUUCGUGCAAUGGUGCGGAAUGAAGGAGAAAGAUGUUUGACAUAUGUGCACGAGGCUGAUAGGAUUAAUGUACAAGCCGAUUAUAGAAGAGAUGACAUACAAGCUGACCAUUUGCAUCACCCUAUUCGUAGGCGAGGAAAAGGUGGUGUUGCUGGUAGGAGGGCACGUGCUGCUGAGAGAGGACGAGUUCCUGUUGAAAUGGACGAAGCAGCCUUAGAAGAUUAUCAAGCAACUGGUGAUAUUGGUUCCACUUCAAGGAGUCACACUCAGGAAUUCACUCCUGUGGCAUCUGGUAUGACAUAUCAACCAACAAAUUCUGAGAUUAUCCCAUACAUGACGCCACAAAUUUCAAGGGAUCCAAGUCUUUCGUCACUUGAGAAUGUCUUUGGUAAUUAUCGGCCUCACCAUUUUGAGAAUGCCCCAAAUUUUACCUCAUCGCCUGUGCCAAUGUCCAUGGAGAUCCCUGAUGCCAUGACGAAUUUAGAGGACUCCAACAUCGAGAUAGAAGGUAAUGAGUUGGAUGAUUCCAACAAUGAAGUGGAUGGUAAUGAUCCCGAGAAUGCAAGUGAAGGUGGUGAACCAUCAGUGAAGAAGAAACGUACAAUUUUUCCUAAGUUUUGUGGCACUGGGAGUCAUCAACUUAACCAACACGGCAUAAAGAAAACAACAAAAGGUAACAAAGACAAUGUACCAACAAAAAGCAGAAGCAAAGAAUAAAUCACAAGGUGAAGACUUCCAAGUGUCAAAAAUGAAGAAUGGGAAGAAGAAAGUAGUGAAGGCAACCUUACCUAGUUACUUAAGAAGUAUUUUUGAUUGUUGAUAGAUAUGUUCUAAAAUUCAUUUUGCUAUUGAACAUUAUGAAACUUAUCAUAUCAUUUUUGAAUCAUGUAAAUGUCAACUAAUGGUCAUUUGGUUUGAACAUUUUGUAUUUACGGAUGCAUAUGAUUAACUUGAUGGGUAUUUUUAAUUGUC